AUGGUAGUUGCUACGGCAACGGCGGCGGCAGCGGCGUUUGGGAUGGUCUGGUUGCUGGUUCAAGGCCUUGCCGCCUCUGGGCAGAGCAGUGCAUGCUGGGAGCGGACAGGUCCAGGGGUGGCGUGGAACCACAGCUGUCCAGGCGUCCACACGUCCACAGAGCUGGUGCUGGCUCCUGAGCUUCAAGACAGAAGGGCAAGGCUUUCAGGGUGUACUCUGUGUGUUGAAGGUCCAGACCCCUACGUUAUGUUCCUCCACGGCGAGGCGCUCCACCGGAUGGAUCUGGACGGAGGGAACCACCGCCGGGUGGUGUCGGGGGUGGGCCGGGUGGUGUCGGAUGGAGGCCGGGGGGGGACCGGUCCCGGUUUGGGGGUUCUGCUGGACUACCACUACACCCAGCGCAGCCUGUUCUGGGCGGAGCGCAGCACGGGGGUCCUCUACCGCGCAGGACUCUCCGGACCCCCCAGACAGAAGCUGGUCUCCAGCCAGCGGGGGGUCUCUGGGCUGGCUGUGGAUUGGCUUGGGGACCGAGUGUACUGGACCAAUGAGGAGCAUAGAGACGCCCCGACCAAUGAGGCGACAGGAGACAUCAGGAGCGUCAGCCUCACGGGGGGGAACCAGGAGAUGGUGGUCUCAGGUCUGGAGCGGCCCUGCUGCCUGGUGCUGGACCCAAGACAGAGAUGGAGGGUCUUGUUCUGGCUGUCUGGAGGUCCCGUCUCCAGCAUCCAGAGGGCGGACCUGUCCGGUCGGACCCCUGCUGCCUUGCUCGCGGUGCGGGGGCAGCUGACGGCGCUGACCCUGGACCUGGCGGACCGGAGACUCUUCUGGGCGCGGUUCGGCUCCAACCUCCAGGGCGCCAUCUGCUCCUGCGACUAUGACGGGGAGAACGUCACCAUGAUGAACCCGCCCCUCAGGUCUUCGUCAGUCUGUCUGUCGGUGUUCCUCGACGAGGUCUUCUACAGCGACUCCGCCUCUCAUUCCAUCCAACGCAUCAACAAGUACUCCGGUGUCCCGCUUACGGACGUGAACCUCCAGCCAAUGAGCAGAGCCCCUGUGGGCCUGAGGGUGGUGCACCCCCUAAACCAGCCUAUAGGAGGCGGCAUGCCGCUGACACCAGGCUGUGACGACCGGAUCGGUGAGUGUGUGGACGUUUGCUCCAGUUCUCAACCGGGAGUUUGCCAGUGCGGCGAGGGCUUCACUCUCAGUUACCAUGGAAACUACUGCGAAGAUGUUAACGAGUGUGCUCUGUGGAACCACGGCUGCUCGCUGGGCUGUGAGAACCUGCCCGGUUCCUACGCCUGCUCCUGUCCUGAGGGAUACGCCCUCCUGGCGGACCGCAAGUCCUGCCACGAGGUGAGGAUGUGUGUUGGGGAGCUAAGGGGGUGUGGUCUGGGUUGCCUGGAUACGGAGGCGGGGCCGAUGUGUGUCUGUCCUGAGGGCUCAGUUCUGAUGGACAACGGACGACAAUGUACUGGUACGUAUUCUUCAGAUCAGUUUCCCGGUAAAAACACGACUCUGAACGAUGAAGGUCCGCUCUCUGCUGAGGAAGAGGAGGACCAGGAGAAGACCUUCACUGAGAAGAUGGUGGCAGACCAGGAGGGCUGCGGGUCUCCAGGCUGCCACGUGCACGCUCGCUGUGCACAGGAGGAGGGGCGCCUGGCGUGCCGCUGUGUCCACGGUUUCCAAGGCGACGGGAGGCUGUGUGUUGACAUCGACGAGUGUUCCUCGGGGACCCCCCCCUGUGACCGCAGCGCUGAGUGCCACAACAGCCCGGGGAGCUACCUGUGCAGGUGCCGGCUGGGUUACCAUGGAGACGGGACCACCUGUGAGGAUACCAGGACCAUGGUCUCCAUGGUGACCGCUAGCCCCACCCCCUCCCUGCCCCGUCGUCACGGUGACUCGCUUGGGGGCUGUCCGGCAAGCCACGCCUCCUUCUGCCUCUACGAGGGGACCUGCAGAUACCUCGCCGAGAUGGAGGCCUUCGCCUGCAACUGUGUAGCAGGCUACAUGGGGGAGCGUUGCCAGUUCAACGACCUCCAGUGGUGGGAGCUCCAGGAGGCCAAGCAGGAGAAGAGGAAGAGCGUGGCUAUCGUUGCCUGCAUGCUGCUCCUCAUCAGCCUCCUCUUCAUCACCGCCACCGCCAUCUACUGCUACAGAAGGAAAAGAUUCCUUCAUAAACAGCCAUCAGUUGAGGACCUGAGUGAGACCAGUGUGACAGAUGACAGCUCGUCUGAGGCAGCCAGUGGGUUGCCCCGGGUCUGUGUGAUUUUGGGUGGAGGAGAAGGAGGAGAAGGUGAUGCUGACCCUUCCCAGGUGGUAUCGGUCGCCAUGGAGACCAGGGCAGGUGCACAGACUCUGAAUCUCAUCCUCCUGGAUGACCCUGGACCGCCGACCCCUGUGCCCCCUUUGACCCCUGUACCCCCCCAACCCUGAGGCCAGAUGCUAGGGGUCACCAGCCUACGGUUCAUAUUAAUACACUAACACACCCUGUGUCUGACACACACUCUGCCCCAUGGAGUGAUGCCGGGACACAGAGGGCUGAGCUUAAACAGGGCCGACCCAAUCCCUUAUAUACCUAUCUGAGCCCAUGUGGCCUCACACACUCACUCACUUAAGUUAAUUAACACCUGAGAUCAGUUAAGUCUGUGAGUCCUUAGUCCUUAGGGCUCACUUUGGGAUUGGGCCAACAUGUUGUUCUGCAUGGUGGUGUUACUGCCCAGAACAGACAGAGGUUAACUGGAAACUCUGUGCAGUAAAUGAGCUUAUACACACGCCAUACAAACCAUACCCUUCCUUGUAUAGUUGGUAGAAGUUUUAGUUUAGUGGAUUUAAUCUUCUUUGUGGUCGUGAUAUUGCCGAUUGUGUUCUUCGAUAAAUAAAAGUUUCUGUUUGAUCAGUUUAUAUCCCGCUGGUAUCCUGGACCGACGCAGUUCUGUGUCCAGACUUUAUUUUAUCUCAAAACAUGAACGGAAACAGUUUAACAUUCUGAGCAAAAUCAGAAUUAUUAUGAAGUUCCUCCACUAAACCGAUUUUACUUCUAUGUUUUUUCCUGUGUAGGCCGGUGGUGGAAGGUUAGACUUGGAGCGGAGAUGCUAUAUUUAUUUUUCUACUGCUGUUGUCUAGCGCUGUACAGACGGUGUCUUAUCGAAGACGGCCAUUAGGGCUGAUGUUAUAGGCCUACCAACCGAAAUAUCACAACGGAUAUCACAUCAUAACACGAUAAACGCUAAACAAAUCUCGGGACAAUGCUGCAACAUGGUUAAGUAAAAUGAAUGAAUUGAUCACUUUAUAGAUAUUUGUAAAUGUUGCUGGUAAUAAAA